GAUGAGCUUGUCGAUGAUAUUCAUAUAACGGGUGUUAAUCAAUCUCAGGGAGGAAAAACUGUGCCAUCAACUGGUGUUGAUCAAGAUAACCAACCUCGGGAGAAGGAAACCGUGCUAUCAACUGGCAUCGAUCAAGGGGGAGAAACUGUAUUAUUGACAAGCGUCGAUCAGAGUAAUCAACCUGGGGAGAAGGAAAUUGCGUUAUCAAUGGGUGUUGAUCAGAGUAAUCAAUCUCAAGGGGAUGAAACUUUUUCAUUAACGAGUGCCGAUCAGAAUUAUCAACCUCGGAGAAGAAACCCCCCUCAAAAUUUGAAGUUAAAUAAAUUUUUCAGAGUGUCAAAGGGAAAGGUUGGAAAGAUUGUAAAGGAUGUGCAAUUUCAUAUUAACAAGAAAAAAUUAAAAAAUCAGCAAGAUGAAGACGAGGGAGAUGAAGAUCUGCCUGAUUGUGAGAAGUGUUACGGAGUGCAGAAACAAUUUUGUAAAUUUUGUGGAUGUUUCAGAUGUGAACGAAAAAGUGAUCCAGCUCAUAUUUUAUUAUGCGAUGGUAAUUGUGGUAAUGGUUAUCAUACCUAUUGCUUAAAUCCUCCGAUUGAUGAAAUACCCUCUGGAAAUUGGUAUUGUGAUAAGUGUAGAUCUUUAAAUACGAAACAGAUCGAGUCUGAAUUUUCUGGAUCUAAAGGAAAGAAAGUGGUUUUAGCAAGUGAUGAGAUUCAAAUUCCAUUGGAGAGGAAUGAUUCGUUGGGAUUGAGUCAACCUAUGUCUGGAAUUGUAAUAUCAUCGCAGGGUUUAUUGACUGAUAUUGAUUCCUCAAA